AAACCGUGGGCUCGCAAAUUAAAAAGCUGGGCAUGCAGGUUGCGGCAUUCCAACAGCUUAUUCAAGAGGUCAAGAGUCCGCCAAGUAGCGGAUGAGGAUGGCACAAGACGGGAAGUAUCUGAUGCCACGCAAAGGGUUGUAGAAGCACUGGCUGAAUGUGCCUUGUCCGAGGGGACCACCUCUGGAACCAGUGCCUUCAAGCGUGGGCGGUUUCAGGUUGUUACUAUCCCACAACAAGAGCAACGUGCUACUAAUGAAUCUGCCAAUGUUCCCCCCACAUCCCUGCAAACACAGAAACCCAUCCCUUUUGAAGAAACGGGGUCUGCUGGUGCCAAAGCCGAGGAGACGCCGCAGUCGGCUAGCACGGCAUAUGAGACCGAUAACUCUUCCCUAACCCCUGACCAGGAGCUAGAAGAGACCUCUGUAACUGGCAGCAGUGCUCAGUCUAGGCCGACAAUGUGGAUGAAGGACAGCAAG